GACGAUUCAAGCAACCAGACAGUGACAGUGAGUGAGUGCAAUCAGUUUGUCUACGAGACCGACCAGUCCUAUCAUCAUACAAGAUUGGGCUGCAGCGCCGCAAGAAAACACUUUCCUAUAGAUAUCCCUCAUGGUCCCUUUGCACGAGCAGACUUGUAGCGCUGAUCGUCCUACGUCUUCUUUAUCUGAUGAUACUUCUGGAACACAGGCAUUUUUCGUAACACGCAAAAAGGAAGCAACCGUUUACAACGUAGAAACAAACCUGCAGCAGAUUGACAGUUAUUCAAGCCGUGUAGAAGUGCUGUUUUCGGAAGCUGAUUUGCGUGAAUUUGACAAACAUGAUGGAGACGAUGAUUCUCUGAAGGUGAAACCUACAGAUGACGAGAAUGGAUCAGUCAUAUCGGCGGCUUCGACCAUGGCAUAUUUCGAGCCGAUCGAUUUCCGAGCUUCCAAUUGGAUCAAAGCAAUGGAUGUUCCUACCUUUGGCCUAGCUGUCGUUGCCCUGACUACAGCAAUCACGCAUCCAAUUUUCUUUGUGGCAGGGGCUUUGACACUUUUCGGAACAGCGACGGUCGUUGGAGUCUCACACGAGUUUUUUACGGAAGGGCCAGUUGGAAAACUAUUUUGCUUCAAGAAUGAUACACCUCUUGAUGAAAUUGCGUCCGUACACGAGUUUGAAACGCAAACGGAAGAUGAUGAUCAGAAGUGCUCGCAAAAGAACCAGACGAGGACGGAUUUUUCAAAGCAUGCUGAGCCCAGUGCAUUGCCGGUCGGAGAGCGCUCUUCCGCAAGACUCGCGAGUGAAUCUACCUUUCUAUCAAUGCAAAAACUCCCGGACAACUGGAUCGAGGGUCAUUAUCCUCCACUUGAGAACGAAAUCGUCAAUCGUCGUGGUUUUUUUGGUUUAAACGUUAUUCAAUUCUUUCGCGUGUUUUUUGCCGACAAAGCUCCCUAUAGUUUUCUGGAAUUUCAAAAGAAACGUGGCGAUCUCGACAUUGUGUAUGGACCUUGGAAAGAUAUGGAAGCAUCAGGCCCACUGUCACUAAUGGUAGAAAACAAAGCAUUUCCGUCAGAGCUCGAAUACCUUUCGUAUCAGGGGCGAGCUUUAACUUUCAGAGCCAAAACAAACUCAUUUUUGGGGCCGCCAUACGCGACGACCACGAAAACGCAACGAAUAUUGAUUAUUUCCAAAAAACUCGCUGUUUUGGAAAGCAAGACUACUUUGGCUGAUAUUCCAUUUUGCGAUCGCUUUUACGUUAUGGAGCGGUGGAUUAUUGCGGCUGCAAAGAAUGACGGUCGAUAUACAUGCAUUAUUUCAGCCCAUGGCCAGGUUUUCUUUACCAAGAGCUGUCCAUUUGAGCACCAAAUCCGAACCAACUCCAAGUCGACUGUGAAAGACGUAGCGACUGCAUGGGGUGAUAUGGCGCAAGAAGCUUUGAAGUUGACUGAAAAGGCAAAACGGGAGCGGCUGCAACGGAACCAACGAGAGAGGGACUACGAGGAGGAAGACUUUGUACAACCGCGUAAAAAGGCAAAUAAAGAAGCGACGCCAACCGCCAUCGACAAAGCAGCACCAGUCCGCGAUGAUGAGAUUGAAAUGGUAUGGACGCCUCCCGCUGGCGACUAUGGUGCACUCUCGCCGAAUUCGGUUGGCAGGCUGAGACGGUCUCUCUCACAAUUUGCUUUUGGUCAAAAACCACUCGUCUCAAACAAGCAGAGAAGCUGCGCUGAAAUAUAGAGGCAGUGGUGCUAAUAAUGUAAAUGCUCAGAAAUUUUUGUUUGAAUUUC